AUAAUAAUAAUAAUAAUAAUAAUCCCCUGCACUCUGAGUUUAGAAAUUCCUUUACCUUCUCUCCGUUUCAGAAAAUCAUUCCCAGAAUUAAUUUAUUGAAAAAGGAUAACGAAAGAGGAAAGGAGAAUGGCUAGUGGGGAAGAGAGCCAGCAGAACGACGCCGUUUCCAUCGAGCUACCUGCUCCAGCUGGCUGGGUUAAGAAGUUUACUCCAAAGAAAGGCAGUACCCCUCAGAAGAAUGACAUUGUUUUCGUAUCUCCCACUGGAGAAGAGAUUAAGAAUAAGAGACAGUUAGAGCAGUACCUCAAAUCUCAUCCUGGGGAACCUGCUUCCUCGGAAUUUGACUGGAGUACAGGUGACACUCCAAGGCGUUCUGCUAGAUUGAGUGAAAAAUCGAAGGCAGUUGAAGCACCCGCAAGUCAGUCCCCCAAGAAAAAGCCAAGAAAAUCCAGCUCAAAGAAGGGUGCUAAUGAGAAGAGUCAUGCCGAUGCUGAAGGUGAGGCCACAGAUGAUAUAGAUGCUGCUGCAGAAGAAACUAAAGGAAGUGCAGAGGCUUCUACUGCGGAUAUAAAAGAUGUCGGCGAUGGGGAGGUAGUUACUGAGGAAGGUCUUCUAGAAAAGCUCAAUGUUGAAGCUGUAGAGAAGGAAAAGGAGAUUGAAUCCUCUGCUGUUGAACUCCCAAAUGAUGCCAAUACCAAGAAUGCAAAUGCUAACAGAGAGGAACCCGAUAAUGCAACUACUGUGGCAGGAGAUGCAAAACUUGAAGAAUCUAAGGAGGCAUCAUAUGAUGUGCCAGUACCAAAGAUUGAUGAAACUAAGGUGGCAUCUUCUGAGGUACCAGAUACAAAGCACGAUGAACCUAAGGACGCAUGUCAUGCUGAAAACAAAACUCCAGACGGGAAGGUUGAAAGUGCAGAAACAGUUGUGGUGGAUCACGACAGUUCAAAGGAGAAACAAUUGGCGGACGAACCCAUCGAGAAGGACUCUGCUUUGCAAGAACCGGCAACGAGUAGCUAAAGCAUUCCACCAAUUUGUAUUCUUUUGUUAGGGUCAUGUUGUACUCUCAUACUCCAUCUGCCCUUAAGCUAGCAUCCUAACCUUCGAUUGUAGAUCUGCUCUAGAAAUAACUGGUUAGAAAUUCUUGUAGCAAUUGAUGUUGAUGUCUGCACCUUCCUCAUGAACUGUAAGUUUGUAGAUGUUCUGACAGUUGUUUCAGGGAUACUUUUAGUCGGCACUUGUAAACUAAACCUGCUCUAUGCGCACUGUCGCAUGCUCUUAUACUGAUGAUCGCAGAGCUGUUGUGUAUGUGGUGGAUCUUUUGGAUAUUUCUGAUUGGUCACCCAUCAUUGGGUUCAAUUAUUUCAGUUGUCUCUUAUGGUA